ACUCAAUCGUACGGGACAUGGAGAGAGAAAAAAAUCUGGUGUGCACGAGAAACUUUCUGAUACCGCAUGCACAGAAGCGUGCAUUAGAUCGGCUGUUUUAAUUCUUUGAAAUGACAGAAAGAGGCUUAGUUGAACUGUAUUUCCACCUUGGAUUUACGUAUAACGACAUUAAAAGUUUGCUUGCGAGUCGUCACCACUAUAUUAUCUCGGAAAGACAUUUAAAACGAAUUUUGAAGUUGUGUCGUCUGUUUCGGCGCAAGGGAUACACUCAUCUGGACCAGGUGAUCACUUUCAGUCAUGAACAAUUACAAGCAUCUGGCCAACUGCUUGGGUAUAGGUGGAUGUUUACAAAAUGCAAGGAGAAUGGAUUACAUGUAAGAAAAGAAGACAUCCGCUUAAUUCUAAAAGAACUGGACCCAAGGGGUGUUGAACUCAGAAGAAGCAGGCGUCUCCAUCGCAGGAGCUAUUUUGCGACAGGGCCCAAUUAUAUUUGGCACUUAGAUGCAUAUGACAAGCUAAAGCCAUUUGCUAUCUGUAUAAGUGGGUGUAUUGACGGCUUUUCGCUGAAAAUCAUCUGGUUGAACGCAUUUACUACAAGCAGUGAGCCCAAAAUCGUAGGAGGCUACUAUAUGGAGGCAGUGGAGAGAACAGGUGGCUGUCCACGGAUUGCAAGAGGUGACCGGGGCACCGAGAAUGUAAAAGUCAGAGACUUUCAGCGUUUUCUCCGUCGCAAUAUACACGACGGUUCUGCCAUUGACAGCUACAUUGAAGGAGCGAGUACAGCAAAUCAGCGAAUAGAAAGCUGGUGGGGCUUUCUCAGGAAGGAGUCGAUUGAGUUCUACAUCUCUCUGUUUGUUGAUCUGAAAGACCGUGGUUUGUUCGACGGCGGAUAUUUGGACAAAAGUCUAAUUCAGUACUGCUUCAUGGGUAUCAUCCAGGACGAGUUGGAUGAGAUGAUCUGUGUGUGGGAUUCGCAUGUCAUCAGACCAUCAAAGAAUGACAGAGUACCAAGUGGUCGACCCAGAAUCAUGUACAUGUUCCCAGAGCUCUAUGCAACUCAUGACUGUGUUUCCUCAGUGGAAAGCGCUGAUGUACAGCUGUGUCGGAGUAGCUGCACAUUUCGACCAGCAGUGCCAUGUAACAUAGACAUCUACAACCUCUGCAAUGUUCUGAUGGAGAGUCACAGUUGGUUCUCACAGCUGAUGCUUACCAGGCCUUGGAUUUGUACCUGCAUUUGAGGAAUACGAUCAUAUCCUCUCUUUAAUUUGAGAUGGUACUACACAUAUCCAGAUCUAAAUUAAUUAUCGGUCCACUGUGCAUUUUUCUUUUUCUUUUUUCCAGCUUCAUCUUGCUUUCAUCAGUGUGAUAUCUGGGUUUUUUCCCAUAUCUGCUUUAGAAUCAAUAUUUACUGAAGGCAAAAUAUUUGAUUUGAUAAAAAGUAUCACAAAACAUAUGUUAAUGUUAGACGUAUUUAUGGCUAUCUGUAUGUCAUGACAAUUGAACUAUGAAUUAGAAACAUGAAAGAACCUCAGACACCACCCUAAAUAUAGGAAAAUUAUUUGAUGGUUUGCAGUGGAAGUAAACACUUACGUUUGUAGUGGAUAUUAAUUUGAUAUGAAUGUUAUGAAUGAAGAAUUACGUUUUUU